AUGCACGCGUGGGUCAUCUUGCGGGACUUCUACAACCGCAUUACGCUCCACAAUCGUGUCAAGAUGACACGUCGUCUGCAUGAGUUCAAGAUGGAGAAUGGUUCGACCAUGUCGAAGCACUUGGAUGCUUUUGACGAGCUUGUUGUCGGCCUCCAGACACUUGGAGAGCCAGUCGAUGACUCUCGGCAGCUAGUGGUGUUGCUUAACAGUCUUUCGACGGAGUAUGAGCUCAUCUCGUCAAUUGUGGAGAAUUCCAAGGACAUCACGCUCAUCGAGGUCACGGAAAAGCUGCUGAAGGAGCGUGAUCGAAUGCAGAGGAAGGAGACUACGGAGAAGGCGUUUCCUGUAAGCAGCAACGGUAGACGGUUUAAGGGAGGCCAAGGUAACGGCCGCAAGGGAAACUCUCUACGGAAAACCAACGCCGGAAUUAAAGGCAAGUGUUAUAAGUGUGGUCAAGUUGGACACUAUAAGCGGGACUUCCUGAAGCGUAGCCAUUCCGAGGAAGAAGGUGCUGUGUUUUCUGCUGGUGAGUUGCGAUGCGAAGAAUGGCUUAUCGACAGUGAGGCUACGUCGCACAUGGCACCACAUCGGAGCGAUCUCUAUGAGUACAAGGAGUUGGAGAAUGGUCAACAAGUCUCUAUCGCUGAUGGCAAGAAGCUGCAGGUAUCUGGAGUGGGAACAGUCAAGCUGGAAGGUCUGGACGGUCGACGGAUCAUGAUGGUCGAGGUCAUGCACAUACCAGGACUUGACAAACGAUUGCUGUCCGUUGGCAAACAGGCAGGACGAGGCAUGAGGGUGGAGUUUCAAAGCUUGUAUUGCAUCAUUUGGAGUGCCAAUCGCGCGAUUGCAAGCGGCAAGAAGAUUGGCAAGGCGUACUUCCUGGAUUGCGAACAAGAAGAAGCUCGGCUUGUGGAAUACGCAGGGGCUGACCUGUGA